AACCAGACCCCGGGUCGGGCUUUACAGCGAAAGCCACCUCCCCGCCUUUGGUUUCCGAGGACAAAGAGCACCCGAAGAACCUACACGCUGGGGGCGCUGGGACAGGCCAUGGUCAUGGAAGUGGGCUCCCUGGACGCCGGAAGCCUGCGGACGCUGCUGCGGGAGCGCGCGGCGCACUGCCUGCUGCUCGAUUGUCGCUCCUUUUUUGCUUUCAACGCCGGCCACAUUGCCGGUUCGGUCAACGUGCGCUUCAGCACCAUCGUGCGGCGCCGGGCCAAGGGCGCCAUGGGCCUGGAACACAUCGUGCCCAACUCGGAGCUGCGCGGCCGCCUGCUGGCCGGCGCCUACCACGCCGUGGUGCUGCUGGACGAGCGCAGCGCCACCCUGGACUGCGCCAAGCGGGACAGCACCCUGGCCCUGGCCGCUGGCGCGCUCUGCCGGGAGGCGCGCACGACGCAAGUCUUCUUCCUCAAAGGAGGAUAUGAAGCUUUUUCGGCUUCCUGCCCGGAGCUGUGCAGCAAACAGUCGACCCCCAUGGGGCUCAGCCUCCCUCUGAGUACUAGCGCCCCUGACAGCGCUGAAUCGGGGUGCAGUUCCUGCAGCACCCCACUCUACGAUCAGGGUGGCCCAGUGGAGAUUCUGCCCUUCUUGUACCUGGGCAGUGCCUAUCAUGCUUCCCGCAAAGACAUGCUGGAUGCCCUGGGCAUCACUGCCUUGAUCAACGUCUCAGCCAAUUGUCCCAACCAUUUUGAGGAUCACUACCAGUACAAGAGCAUCCCUGUGGAGGACAACCACAAGGCCGACAUCAGCUCCUGGUUCAACGAGGCAAUCGACUUCAUAGAUUCCAUCAAGAAUGCUGGAGGAAGGGUGUUUGUCCACUGCCAGGCAGGCAUUUCCCGGUCAGCCACCAUCUGCCUUGCUUACCUCAUGAGGACUAACCGAGUCAAGCUGGAUGAGGCCUUUGAGUUCGUGAAGCAGAGGAGAAGCAUCAUCUCCCCCAACUUCAGCUUCAUGGGCCAGCUGCUGCAGUUUGAGUCUCAAGUCUUGGCCCCACACUGCUCGGCUGAGGCUGGGAGCCCCGCCAUGGCUGUGCUUGACCGAGGCGCCUCUACCACCACUGUCUUCAACUUCCCUGUCUCCAUCCCUGUCCACCCCACAAACAGUGCAUUGAGCUACCUUCAGAGUCCUAUCACGACCUCUCCCAGCUGCUGAAAAGCCCAUGGGAGGUGAUCUGAUCUUCACAACCCACCAGGACUCCAGGCUCCUUCUUAGAGGAGAAAUGCAAUAACUCCGGGGAGGGGACUCAGGAGGGCUGGUCCUUAUUUAUUUAAUUUCGCCCAACUUCCACUGGGUUCCUCAGCGGUCACAGUGAUGACUUCGUGUCAAGAUGGUUGCUGAACUCAGCACAUUUGGGGCCAAUCUAUAGUGGGUACAUCAAGUCUGUCUGACAAAAAGGGGCAGAAGAGAAAGGACUCCGUGUACGAGCCGGUUUCUUUUUGCUUGCCCCCGUUUUUUGUAGGAACUCUUCAUGCUUGACAUACCUACCAGUAUUACCAUUCCUGACGACACAUACACACAUGAGAAUAUACCUUAUUUAUUUUUGUGUAGGUAGUCUGCCUUCACAAACAUCAGUGUCUACUCCUAGAAAAACCAAAUACCUCAAUUUUUGUGUUUCAGUACUGUAAUAUCCUGUAAAUACAUCCUAAGAUUUGUUUUCAGCACUGAUGGAAAACACCAGUGUUGGUUUUUUUUUUUUUUUAGUUGCCAACAGUUGUAUGUUUGUUGAUUAUUUAUGACCUGAAAUAAUAUAUUUCUUCUUCUAAGAAGACAUUUUAUUACAUAAGGGUGACUUUUUAUACAACAGAAUAAAUUAUAGUAUUUCUACUGAAAUCUCAAUGCUUUUUUUCUCUGACAGCCCCUGCUUUAUCCCUUUCCUCUCCCUCUCCCCCCAGUGAAACGGGGAGAAUUUAGACAAGGACCUAAAGAACAUGUGUGUUGGGGUCUGAUCCCAUAUCCCGUGGUGACCCCUUGGUCCCAAAAGAUGGCCAGAUUAUAAGGAAGGCAGGCAGGUGAUACCUGUCAUGAAAAACCAGGUGCUGUAGCUGAACUCUUCAGUACUGGGUCCAGAUGCCAUCCAUAACUCUUUCCAUGUUACCCAGGGAGCCCAAGCGCCCCCCAGAACCAAAGCUUGAAGGAAACAGCCAUUUGCCUGGAUUGCCUUAUUCAUUUAAUACCUUAAGCCUGCCUCCUCUCUCUGAGCUGUGCUAAAGUUACAAGGAUGAUGAAGUUUUCUAAAACACUUGACAUAAAUGUGUUCCUACUAUGUGCAAGGCAAUGUGUAUUUAAAACAACUCUGCAAGACCUUUUGCAAAUGAAGACGUUGAGACCCAGUAUAGCUGAGUGGCAGAAGCGGGGGAAUUGGGACCUUCCAUCUGCUUUGUUUCCUAAUUCUAUGUGCUUUGCACUUUAUCACUUGCCUCUCUCAUGUGGUCUCUGCUUUUAGAAAGAACUUUUGUUUUUGUGAAAAAACAUUGAAUGGUUAAAAAAAAUUCAAGCACUGUAAGCAAAAAACAAUAUAGACAAAUCAUCUGAAAUCCA